AGCGUUCCAAGCCUGAAUAAAGGACAGACAGGCGGGGAAAAGGGGAAAGGAAAGAGACAGAGAAAGAAGGGGGGGAGAGAGAUAAAAAAGAAGCCCCACAGGAAAGGACCAUCCAGAGGUGUGUGCACCUAUACACACUUCUGCAGAGGGCUAUACACAGCAACCAGGUUUAUUUCUAGCUGGCACUUGGAGUUUUCUUGCUACUUUUUUCUCCAGCCCCUGGAACCCACAAUGCACCGGGCAGUGUUGCUGCUGUCCCUAGUCGGAGUCGGGGUGGCUCUGAAACCUGAGUGGCAGCCUUCGAUAUACCAAUCCACAGAGGCUGGGGCCAUUGAGUUUUUGAAUGAUUACAACUCAACUGCUGAGCAAGUGUUCUACUAUAGCACAGAGGCGAGCUGGGCGUACAGCACCAACCUGAACGAUCACAAUUCCCAGCAACAGGUGCUGGCAAAUCUGGAAAAGCAAAGUUUCAUAGAAGCAUGGGGACAAGUGGCUAAGCAGACGUUCCCUGAUGCACUACUGGACACCUUUACUGAUACGAAAAUAAAAGCCCUCAUUAAAAAGAUCAAUGUCCUGGGACCUGCCAACCUCCCUGCCACAGAGCGAGAGCGGUACAAUUCAAUUCUGAGUCAGAUGGGCAACAUCUACUCCACUGCAAAGGUGUGUCCCAGCCCAGAUGAGUGCUGGGCUUUAGAGCCUGAGUUGACAAAGAUUUUGGCAUCUUCCCGGAGCUACAAGCAGCUACUCUAUGCCUGGGAAGGCUGGCACAACAAGUCUGGAGAACCACUCAAACCCCUUUAUCCUGAAUUUGUUGAGCUCAGCAACAAGGCCUCCAGGAUGGAUGGUUUUGCAGACACUGGUGAUGAAUGGCGCUCCUGGUAUGAAUCUCCUAGCUUUGAGAAAGACCUGGAAAAUCUGUUCAAGCAGCUGCAGCCUCUUUACCUGAACCUGCAUGCUUUUGUCCGCCGGAAGCUGUAUAACUACUAUGGCCCCAAGUAUAUCAAUCUAAAAGGCCCCAUCCCUGCCCAUCUACUCGGAAACAUGUGGGCACAAAGCUGGAACAACAUCUAUGACAUGAUGAUCCCUUUUCCAGACAAGCCCAAUGUAGAUGUGACUAAGACCAUGGUUGCCCAAGGAUACAAUGCCACCUACAUGUUUGAAGUGGCUCAAGAGUUCUUUACCUCUCUUGGUCUGAAAAAGAUGCCUAAUGAGUUCUGGGAUAAGUCCAUGUUGCAAAAGCCUACUGAUGGCCGUGAUGUGGUCUGCCACGCUUCUGCAUGGGACUUUUAUAACAGGGAGGACUUUAGGAUUAAGCAGUGUACCACAGUGACAAUGGAGCAGCUUUUUACUGUGCACCAUGAGAUGGGUCAUGUAGAGUAUUACCUACAAUACAAAGACCAGCCAGUCAGCUUUAGAAGAGGUGCUAAUCCUGGCUUUCAUGAGGCAAUUGGAGACACACUUUCUCUUUCUGUAUCUACACCCAAACACCUGCACACUAUUGGCCUGCUUGACACACUAACUGAUGACUAUGAAACAGACAUCAAUUAUCUUCUAAAGAUGGCAUUGGAAAAGAUUGCUUUCCUUCCUUUUGGAUACCUCAUUGAUCAGUGGCGCUGGAGUGUGUUCAAUGGGCGCACACCGCCCGAUCGGUACAACUCAGAGUGGUGGUACCUCAGAACAAAAUAUCAAGGUAUCUGUCCACCAGUAAGACGGAAUGAGGAGCAAUUUGAUGCUGGUGCAAAAUACCAUAUUCCAGGAAAUACCCCGUACAUCAGGUACUUUGUGAGUUUCAUUCUGCAGUUUCAAUUUCAUCAGAAGCUUUGCCAGGAAGCAGGACACACUGGACCUCUGCAUAAGUGUGAUAUCUACAGAUCAGCCAAAGCUGGGGCUGUUUUAGAGAAAGUCAUGCAAUCAGGUUCCUCAAAGAUCUGGACUGAGGUGUUGCAAGAGAAUUUGGGUACAAACCAAAUGAAUGCCAGUUCACUAAUGGAAUACUUUCAGCCUAUCAUCACCUGGUUAGAAGAACAGAACAGGCAGUCAGGUGAAACGCUCGGCUGGCCCGACUUUAAUUGGAUGCCUCCUGUUCCACAAGGUUACCCUGAAGACAUUGCUGAAAAAAUAACCGACGAGGCCCAGGCCAAACAGUUCCUGGCUGAAUACAACUCCACAGCAGAAAACGUUUGGAACGCUUACACAGAGGCUUCAUGGUCUUACAACACUGACAUCAAUGAAGAAAACAAGAAGAUUAUGCUCCAGAAAAAUUUGGAUAUGGCCAAUCACACAAAGACUUACGGAUUGGAAGCCCGCAAGUAUGACACUGCUGAUUUCCAGGAUGCCUCAGUGAAGCGGAUACUAAAAAAACUCAGCGAUCUGGAGAGGGCCGUGCUCCCUGAUGAGCAGCUGAGAGAGUACAAUGACUUGUUGGCCUCCAUGGAGACCACAUACAGUGUAGCUAAAGUCUGUGAAGAUCAUGGUGCCUGUCUAUCUCUUGAUCCAGAUCUAAAUAAGAUUAUGGCUGAGUCCAGGGACUACGACAGGCUGCUGUUUGCCUGGCAGGGCUGGCGAAAUGCUUCAGGAAGAGAACUGCGCCAAAGCUACAAGAGAUACGUCGAGCUUGCCAACUUAGCUGCCCAGAGUAACGGUCAUGCUGACAACGGCGCUUUCUGGCGCUCCUUGUAUGAAACGCCCACCUUCGAGCAGGACCUGGAGGCAUUAUGGAGUGAGUUACAGCCGCUCUAUUUAAAUCUCCAUGCGUAUGUACGGAGAGGGCUCUACAAAAAGUACGGGAAGGAGCGCAUCAACCUUAAAGGGCCCAUCCCUGCUCAUUUACUAGGAAACAUGUGGGCACAGACCUGGUCAGGAAUCAUGGACUUAGUGAACCCAUACCCUGAUGCCACUCAAGUGGAUGUCACGCAAUCUAUGAUAAACCUGGGCUGGGAUGCAAAGCGAAUGUUUCAGGAGUCUGACAACUUCUUCAAGUCAGUGGGCCUGAUGCCUAUGCCUGAAGAGUUCUGGAACAAGUCGAUGUUGACAAAACCUGCAAACCGUGAAGUGGUGUGUCAUGCCUCAGCCUGGGACUUUUACAAUCGCAAAGACUUUAGGAUUAAGCAAUGCACAGUGGUGAACAUGGAUGACCUGAUUACAGUGCAUCAUGAAAUGGGCCAUGUGCAGUAUUUUCUCCAGUAUAAGGAUCAGCCCAUCUCGUUCCGUGACGGUGCCAACCCGGGAUUCCAUGAGGCCAUCGGAGAUGUGCUGGCACUGUCAGUGUCCACACCCAAACACCUUCAAGCCAUUGGCCUGCUUGAUAAGGUUGAUGACAGCAAAGAGAGCACCAUCAACUUCCUAAUGAGCAUCGCCCUGGAUAAAAUCGCCUUCCUGCCAUUCGGCUAUCUGAUGGACCAGUGGAGGUGGAAGGUGUUCGAUGGCAGGAUUUCGAGUGAGGAGUACAACAAAGAGUGGUGGAAUCUCAGGCUGAAGUACCAGGGCUUGUGUCCACCUGUAACCCGUACAGAGAACGACUUCGACCCAGGCGCCAAGUUCCACAUCCCAGCCAACGUGCCCUAUGUCAGGUACUUUGUCAGCUUUGUGAUCCAGUUCCAGUUCCAUAAAGCUUUGUGCAAUGCUUCGGGUCACACUGGACCGCUUCACAACUGUGACAUCUAUAAUUCGAAAAAAGCAGGAAAACUCCUCAGUGAUAUGAUGCAGCUGGGCUUCAGUAAGCCUUGGCCCGAGGCGAUGGCGAUGAUCACCAAUGAGCCUGUAAUGUCUGUUAAGCCUCUAAUGGAGUACUUCGAGCCUCUCAUCAACUGGCUAAAGGAGGAGAACAAGAAGAACGAGGACAUCCUUGGCUGGCCCGAUUACAGCUGGAUGCCAACCACGAUCGUGGAGGAGCAUACAACUUCUGUGGAUUUCUUAGGCUUGAGUGUGGAUCAAGCUGGAGCUGUAGCUGGACAGUGGAUUCUCCUUGUGCUGGGAAUUGUUCUCCUGGUCUCCACAACCUUCUUGGCCUACAAAUACCGGAAAUCCAAACGCCUGCACAAGAAGUCCAUCUCUCAAAUGGAGCUCAAAUAGGAAAGUAGGCUUAACAUCUCGUUGUGGCUGUAUUUUUUAUUUCCUGGCGAAUGAAACCCAAAAAAUUCCUUGUAUAUUUAUUCUUAAUUUUUUUGGGGUCAAAUUAAUUUGACUAUGCAAAAAGUAUGUGUUGUAAUUUAUUUGUACAAAAAAGGAAUACAUGUUGGGUGGGUUUUCAAUUCUUUGUAAAAGCCUAAAUGUGUCUGCAUUUUUAGAAUAAUUUCACUAGUAAAUACAUUUAUAAUAAAUAUAUAUAUAUAUUCAA